GACUACAGCACCCUGGAAAUCAGCCUCUUCUCUGAGGAGGGCCUCAGGGGAAAGCAAGUGAAGCUAAGAGAGGCCUUGAAGAAUUCCCAGGGUCUGGAGAAGCCCCUGCAGGUGGCAUCCGCCACUGUCUCUGCAAGACUGUGGCUACUGUACCCCAAACCAUUAUUUGAAGACACUCCCUACAUCCUGGAACCUGGAGAGUACCCCACCUCAGAGGCCUGGGACACAUCGGACCCCAGCGUGGGCUCCCUGAAGCCCAUGAGAUUAGGCUGCCCAAGUGUGGAGAAGCCAGGGGAGCCGAGGGCUGUGGUGUAUGAGGCCCCCGGCUUUCAGGGCCGCAGCUGGGAAGUGAGCCAAGACAUCUACAACCUUCAGCAGCCAGAGGACAGCCAGAGCCCCCACCUGGCCUCUGUGGGGUCCCUGAGAGUUCUCGAGGGCUGCUGGGUGGGCUACGAGAAGGAGGGCUUCCGGGGCCACCAGUAUCUGCUGGAGGAGGGGGAAUACCCAGACUGGUCACACUGGGGAGGUUAUGAUGAGUUGCUGACCUCCCUCUGUGUCAUCUGGACGACCUGACUGUCCCUGGGAACCCGGGACUUUGGGGACCCGGCCGUCGUGCUAUUUGAGGCCAUGGACUUGGAGGGGCAUGGCGUGGAGGUGAGCAGGGCAUUGCCGGAUGUGGAGCUGGUGCAACACGGCCCCAGCACACAGGCCAUCCACGUGCUCAGCGGCGUGUAAGUGACCCAGGCUCAGGGAGCGGGUGGGUGGGAGAAGGGCGUGUACCGUAACUGCGAGGACUGGGGCGCGGGCAACAGCGCCCUCGCUUCGCUACAGCCGGUCCUACAGGUCGGGGAGCACGAUCUGCACUUCGUCUCAAGGAUUCAGCUUUUCUCCCGCCCCGACUUUCUGGGCGACCACUUCUCCUUCGAAGAUGACCAGGCCGCUCUGCCCGCCUCCUUCCGACCUCAGUCCUGCAGAGUCCACGGCGGCAGCUGGAUCCUGUUUGAUGAGAAGAACUUGGAGGGUGACCAGCACAUUCUCUCUGAGGGUGAGUUCCCCACUGUCACAGCCAUGGGCUGCCUAGCCUCUACAGUCCUGGGCUCUCGCCAGAAGGUAUCCCUGCACUUUUCAGAGCCUUCAGUUUUCCUGUAUGGACUCCAGUGCUUCGAGGGGAAGGAGAUCGAGCUCAGCAGGGAGGUGCAGAGCCUGCAAGCUGAAGGCUUCAACAACCACGUGCUGUCCGUGCGGAUCAAGGGGGGCCUUUGGGUGCUACGUGAACACAGUGACUUCCGGGGCCGCCAGUGGCUGGUGGGAAGCUGCGAGAUCACCAACUGGCUGAACUACAGUGGCACCCAGAGGCUGGACUCCCUCUACCCCAUCAAGCAGCACCGGGUUUAUUUCCGCCUCUGGAAUGCAGCACUGGGGGGAUUCCUGGCAGUGCUGGACCAUGUGGAGGACAUGAAGGCAGGCCGUGUGGUGGUCUCCGACCCCCAAGCGGGAGGUAGCUGCAUCUGGUACUAUGAGGAUGGGCUUCUGAAGAACCAUGUACUGAUACAGGUCACUGAAGAGGCCCUACUGGGUGAACUGGCCUGA